CGGCUUCCAGCUCACACACGACACGCAUAGCCCAAGUACCCCGGCCUCUCUCCUCCCCCAAAAAAACCCCAAAACCGAUACCCAAUUUACUCCCCACCAUCGGCAGGGCGGCAGGCACCCUCCUCGUCGUCCUCCUCCUCCUCCAAUUCAUCCCCUUGGGAUUCACACACUUCGGAGGAGGCAGGGAGGGAGGGAGAGAAGGCCGGCCGGAGCCGGACGGGUGAGAGUCCGUCCACCCACCCGUCGCGGCUCGGGAGGCCUUCUGCUGCCUGCGCUCGCCCGUGCCUUCCGGUAGAGGAGGGGGCGGCGGCGAGGGGCGAGGGCGAGAUGGACGACCUCAAGCAGAUCCUGGCGCGGCCGAUCCAGCUCGCGGAGCAGGUGAUCAAGUGGUCCGACGAGGCCUACACGUUCCGGCAGGACUGCAUGGAGCUCAAGGCCAAGGUGGAGCGCCUGGCCUCGCUGCUCCGCCAGGCCGCGCGCGCCGACCUCUACGAGCGCCCCGCCCGCCGCAUCUUCGACGACACCGAGAAGGCGCUCGACAAGGCCAUCGCGCUCGUCGACAAGUGCCGCGCCCACGGCCUCGUGCGCCGGGUCUUCACCAUCAUCCCCGCGGGAUCCUUCAAGAAGAUGGCCAACCAGCUCGACAACUCCAUCGGAGACCUCUCCUGGCUCCUCCGCGUCUCCUCCUCCGCCACCGACGACGACGACUUCGACGCCCACAUCGGCCUGCCCCCCAUCGCCCAGAACGAGCCCAUCCUCUUCCUAAUCUGGGAGCAGAUCGCCGCGCUCGCCACCGGCAACCUCGACGCCCGCGCCGACGCCGCCGCCAGCCUCGUCUCCCUCGCCCGCGACAAUGACAGGUACUCUAAGCUCAUCAUAGAGGAGGACGGUGUCCCGCCGCUGCUCAAGCUUGUCAAGGAGGGCCGCCUCGAGGGGCAGGAGAACGCCGCGCUCGCCAUUGGGCUGCUUGGCCGCGACCCGGAGUGCGUCGAGCAGAUGGUGCUCGCUGGUGCCUGCUCGGCCUUCGCCAAGGUGCUCAAGGACGCACCCAUGAAGGUGCAGGCCAUGGUGGCUUGGGCGGUCUCCGAGCUAGCCGCAAACCACCCCAAAUGCCAGGACGCCUUCGCGCAGCACAACGUCAUCCGGCUCCUCGUCGGGCACCUCGCCUUCGAGACGGUGCAGGAGCACUCCAAGUACGCCAUCACGUCUAAGAUGUCCAUUCAUUCCGUGGUGAUGGACAAAAAGAACAGCAAUGGUGCGGGGACGAUACCAGACUUGCUGGAUGCUGGGGAGCUUAGCACUCAGAGGCACCCUACCCAGAGCAACAACGAGAUGCACAAUUUGGUGCAGUCCACCAUGCCCACAAAGAACAACGGGGGCAGUAGUAAGGGCAUUGGUGGUAAUGGUGGUGUCAUCGCAUCGAAGCAGCAUAAUGCGUCAUUGUCAGGAGCGACUACAAGAGGCAGGGAGUUCGAGGACCCUGAGACAAAGGCAUACAUGAAAGCUAAUGCGGCUAAGGCAUUGUGGCAGCUCGCCAAGGGCAAUGCAGCUAUCUGUAAGAGCAUCACAGAGUCAAGGGCUCUUCUCUGCUUUGCUGUUCUUCUUGAAAAAGGUGAAGGUGAUGUGCAAUACAAUUCUGCGAUGGCUCUGAUGGAGAUCUGCAGUGUUGCUGAGCAGAAUUCUGACCUACGACGAUCAGCAUUUAAACCAACCUCUCCUGCUGCCCGUGCUGUUGUUGACCAGCUCUUACGUGUAGUCGAGAAGGCUGAGUAUGAUGAUCUCCUAAUUCCCUGCAUUAUCUCAUUGGGCUGCUUAUCCAGAACUUUCCGUGCAACAGAGACUAGGAUUAUCGCUCCAUUGGUGAAGCUUCUUGAUGAGAGGGAAGCAGAUGUCUCUCGGGAAGCUGCAUUGUCCCUUACCAAGUUUGCGUGCACGGAGAAUUACCUGCAUGUUGACCAUUCUAAAGCGAUCAUCGAUGCGGGUGGCGCAAAGCAUCUUGUUCAGCUUGUGUACUUCAGCGAACAGGUGGUUCAGCUUGCAGCACUCACCCUUGUAUGUUACAUUGCACACAAUGUCCCAGAUAGCGAGGAGUUGGCACAAGCAGAGAUCCUCACGGUGCUCGAUUGGGCCUCCAAACAAGCAUACAUGGCGCAAGACCCAGUAAUCGAGAACUUAUGGCCAGAGGCGAAGAUCAGGUUGGAACUGUACCAAUCCAGAGGCGCAAAAGGCUACUAUUAGGUCACAUGUGCUGUGGAAAUGCAUGAAAGAAUAUAACCAAUGUUCUUCGUUACAAUGUCCAAGUACUGUAUAUACAUCGAGUGGCUUCUAUGUGUACUCUGGUUGAACUUUUUUUGAUCCGAAAUAUGGCAAAAGUUGAUGUUACAUCUUUGGUUGGGUUCUUGAUACAUAUGGAUGGAGGUAAUUUUGUUUCAGGUGUCCUGGGGGGUUCGUAGGCUUGGACGUACACAACUUGAGUUGUUUUGUGGUGGCAUAGUUUCGGGAGAUUAGCAUCUUGUCUUCUCUUUGGGCUACUGUUUGUAUCAUGUAUAUUACAUUUCACUCAUCUAUCAGAGAAAAAUUCUUAAUCCAA